GUGAAACAGCGUCAGGACGAGGAGAAGAAGCAGCUGGUGACGCUCAGAGAUCAGCUGAGGCCGGUCGUCCACACAGAGCAGGACUCUUUACCGAAGCAGGUGUACAGCAUGCAUCAGCUGCUGGGAGACAAACAGUACGGCACAGAAAGAUCAGGAUUCCUCUACAAGAAGAGCGACGGGUUAAGGAAAAUGUGGCAGAAGAGGAAAUGCUCAGUUCACAACUGUUACCUGACCAUCGCACACGCUACUCCCAACAAACCUCCUACCAGACUCAACCUGCUCACCUGUCAGGUUAAACCCAGUGUGGAGGACAAGAAAUGCUUCGACCUCAUCUCUCAUAAUCGGACCUACCACUUCCUAGCUGAGGAUGAAGCGGAGUGUGUGGCCUGGAUCUCGGUGCUCAGUAACAGUAAGCAGGAGGCUCUGAACGUGGCUCUGGACGGGGGGAGGAGAGGCGGAGGAGGUGGCGAGAGCAGCGUGGAGGAUCUGACCCGAGCCAUCACUGACGACAUCAGACGGAUGCCGGGAAACAACAGCUGCUGUGACUGCGGAGCUCCAGAUCCUGGCUGGCUCUCGACCAACCUGGGCAUACUGACCUGUAUCGAGUGUUCGGGGAUCCACAGGGAGAUGGGCGUCCACGUCUCCAGGAUCCAGUCUCUGAGUCUGGACAGUCUGGGGACGUCAGACCUGCUGUUGGCCAGGAAUGUCGGCAACUCUGGUUUUAAUGAAAUACUGGAGGCGAACCUGCUGAGUCCGUCACUGAAGCCGUCCCAACACAGCCACAU